UUUUCAAUGAUUUUAUCGCUUUGAAGUUUUUAAACUUAAGGAUUUCCAUUGUUCCAGUUUCGGCAGGCGAUUCGGUUGUAUCGAUCUCAACUGGUGCUAGUGCUUCGGGAACUGAAAAGUCUCAGCCAGGUGACAUGACUCUGCGACCGUCAUUCCGUUCUAGGGGUAACCCCUCUAAAGCUGCCAGUGCUUCUCAUGGAAGCGACAGGAACCAAGGAGGAUCGUUCCUUAUCUCAAUGAAGGAAGUUUUGGACGACGGAGGAUCCAAACCUGUUGUCGAGACUGCUCCAACUGAGGUUGUAGCUCAGGAUGCUGCUCCUCUCCCUGAGGUCCAGGUGCCGGAGGCUGACUACCAGGCUCCGAAGGGUACCUUUGAGAUCGAGCCGUCGAGACACAAGAGGCCCAGGAUCGAUCAGGGCGGGGCUUCCAUCCGUUCUUCUUCCUCGUCCUCUAGAGGAGGGACUGUUGGGUGGAGCUUUACCCAUUCGAAGCCUGGGUCGAUCCUGGAUGACUCUUGGGGCCUAGCUGCGAUAAUGAGGCACCUGAAGAGCGUGGGAUGUCCCCUUCCAGCGCUCAAGGACCUGACUAACCGAGAUGAGUAUCUCGAUAUUGCCCACUGUAUGGGUCAGUUGGCUGGGGCUGUUAACAGGGCCCAGCUCAGGUUUGAGAAUGCUCUGUGUGCUGCCCCCAAUGCUGGUGAACUUGCUGAGGUUACCGAGAUGGUUAAGGCAGCCAAAACCGAUCUUGACCAAGCCGGGUUCGAAUUUCUGAACUCGAAGCCGAAGUGACGAGGCUAGGCUCGAAGGCCGAUGCUCAGCAAGGAGAGAUCGAGAGUCAAAAGCUCGAUAUCCAGGUGAAGAGCAGGAGGAUCAAUGAUUUAGAGGCUGCUCGAAAGAUAGCUGAGCAUCAAGUACGUGAGCUCAUUGCCUCAUCCCGGGAUAGCCAGAAGAACAAGGAAGCUGAAGUCAAGCUGGCUGUCAGGGAAGGGAAGAAAGAAGUCGCCGAAGCUUACGGCAAGAUCCUGGUCUGUGUUAAGGAGAAGUUUGCUAGGAAGAAAGAUGAGGUCGACGCUUUGGUGUACGCUCAGGAGCUCCAAGCUAAUGCCGACCUCUUGAAGGAUAUGCUGAACAACAAGAUCCAAGCGUUGAAGAGGAGUACAACCAAUUGGUGGCCUUAUUACCAGAAGCGACAACUGCGUAUGAGAAGGCUCAAGUCUCUGACUUCUCGGUCAGCAAGCUUCCUCUUCCCCAGAUCUCGGAGAGUUCAGGUACUUUCGAGAUUAACAUGUUUAAUCCAUCCUUUUCUGGGGAGUAUGGCUCUAAUUUGGGUUUGAUGGCUCCUGACUUAGCUCCAGUCGAGGCAGCAAUAGGAGGUGACGGCAAUGUGAUCGAUGAGGGAGUUCCUGCCGGUGCUGGUGAUCCGAUUCAGGAAGAGAAGGAAGAUUGAGAGCUACGGCUCUUUUAACUUUAUGUUUUGUGUU